AUGAGUGCGGCGCGGUCGGGAUGUCGCGCGUUAUGCGCCCUCCGGGCAUACAACACCACAGCCACCCCCCGAGUUCAAAUACCUAGGCGUGCAGUGGACAGGCUUUCUCGUCAGAUCGUGCGGACGUAUUCAGAAGCUUCCUCCACGACUCAACCACCGAAACCCUCCUUCCUCCGACGUGCAGCCACAUUCAUAGCGACCGGCAUAGUCUUUACGACUCUUGGAUUCGCCAUGGCCGCCGCACCGGCUCUACCAGCCCUCAACGGGAUCCUUACACCGCCCACAGACGAAGAGACCUUGACCAUGUUCAAGCCCGAGGACCCUAAGGAGAUCGAGGUCGAGGAAUACAUCAAUAAUCACUGGGUCUCGGCAGAGAUGCGCAAGAAGCCGGGCUUCGCCGAGCUGCGGCCACACAUGAAAAUACCCGCGCCUUUCCGAGCCAACAACCUGACCGCCGGUGUGCUUUUGGGCCCAAACAAGGUCGUCGUGCCCCCUAUCGCCUGGGUUGAGGAGGGCGGCAAGUCGAUUGUCAGCAUCUCAUAUCUCGGUCCUGAGCUGUGCGGCCACCCGGGAAUAGUACAUGGCGGGUUUCUAGCCACUAUGCUGGACGAGGGGAUGGCCCGGUGCUGCUUUGGCGCUCUUCCGCACAACAUCGGCAUGACGGCAAACCUGAACAUCAACUACCGGGCCCCGGCAAAAGCUAGCUCGUAUGUGGUGCUGCGCGCAGAGACUACCAAGGUGGAAGGCAGGAAAGCAGAGGUUGUGGGCAGGAUAGAAACUCUGCCAGAAAAGGAGGGUGAUGCGCCUUUGGUGCUUGCAGAGGCAACGGCCUUGUUCGUCAGCCCUAAGCAGGCCGCUAUGAUGAAGAAUGUCUACCCCGUGCAGUGA